CGCAAAGGCGGUGCCAGGAGCUGCGCCUGCGCACUGGCGGGGCGGGGCGGGAAGAAGGGAGGCGGCGGCAGCGGCGGCGGCUGCUGAAGAGGAGGAGGAGGAGGAGGAGGAGGAGGGGGAGCGGAGGGAGGUGUUUCUGUCAGUUCCGGCUGUUUGUUCGGGAAGUGGAUCCGCCGCUGCUGAAGCAGCCCGGAGGGAGCUGCGGAUCGCGAGGCCAGCACCGACCCCGCCCGCCCGCGCGCUCCUCCCCCGCCCGCCAUGGCCCGGGACUACGACCACCUCUUCAAGCUGCUCAUCAUCGGCGACAGCGGUGUGGGCAAGAGCAGUUUACUGUUACGUUUUGCAGACAACACUUUCUCAGGCAGCUACAUCACCACAAUCGGAGUGGAUUUCAAGAUUCGGACUGUGGAGAUCAAUGGGGAGAAAGUGAAGCUGCAGAUCUGGGACACGGCCGGGCAGGAACGCUUCCGCACCAUCACCUCCACGUAUUAUCGGGGGACCCACGGGGUCAUCGUGGUUUAUGAUGUCACCAGUGCUGAGUCCUUUGUCAACGUCAAGCGGUGGCUUCAUGAAAUCAACCAAAACUGUGAUGACGUGUGCCGGAUAUUAGUGGGGAAUAAGAACGACGACCCUGAGCGGAAGGUGGUGGAAACAGAAGAUGCCUACAAAUUCGCGGGGCAGAUGGGGAUCCAGUUGUUUGAGACCAGCGCUAAGGAGAACGUCAAUGUGGAAGAGAUGUUCAACUGCAUCACAGAACUGGUCCUCCGAGCAAAGAAGGACAACUUAGCGAAACAGCAGCAGCAACAACAGAACGACGUGGUGAAGCUCACGAAGAACAGUAAACGAAAGAAACGCUGCUGCUAAUAGCCCACCCAGCCCACUGCAGAGACUGCGCUGCAGCCGCUCCCCGGCCCGAGGCCCGCAGGGCUCCUCGGGGACAGUCUCAGUUUCGUGCCGUUAUUUAAAGAAUUCUCUCCACGUUUUUGUAUUGGGAGGCGCCAUUGGCACUUCCUCCCCUCCCCCCCUUGAGUGCCAAGAAGGUGUUGGACGACCUGCCCUUCCCUUCUGGUGCCCCUACCCCCCCCCCGCCCCUC